AUGAGCUAAGAGAAGUUCAGAAGAUAUAAGUUAAAUGUGUUUUAAGUACAGAAACUCAAAGUGAAAUCUGAAGAUAGGGUUAUUGUAAACACAUCGACAAAUUUCAAAGCACUCUCUCCAUAGCAAUCUCCUAAAAUUAAAUAAAUUGUCAAUCGUACCCAAUUAGAGCUCGAAAGAUCGAAAUCCUCAUAUAGAAUGGAAAAUAUUAUAAUACAAAUCAAAAAGAAUGUAUCCAAGAAUAAUAUCAGCAUACCCAAUACCGCUAAAGACUUCUUUAAGGAGAGUCCUUUCUCUAUUGUGGAAAAGAAGUAAGAGAUUAAUGUGCAGUUCUUGAGAUAAUGUAAGGCUAAUAACGCCAGAGCUUGUCUCUAAUUAUUAGAACCUACUAUUGUUCAUUAAGUUUUAAAUAUUUCGCCCUUGAUACCAAUAAAUGCAGAUUUAAAGGCCAAUAUCAAUUGUUAGGAUGGCAAUCAAAAUUCUGCUCUACAUAUUGCUGUGAAAAAUGGGAAUAUAUAAUUAGUUCAAGCAUUAAUUUACAAAUAAAUUAACUUGGAGAUAGAAAAUUCAGAAAAGAUGACUUCAUUAAUACUGGCUAGUUAUCAUGGAAAUGUGGAGUUAUUUUAGAUCUUAAUUAACUCAGGAGCCCAAGUUAAUCAUUAAGACAUCUAUGGUAACACAUCACUACAUUAUGCAUGUAAAUUCAAUAGCAAGGAAAUUGUAGCCAUUAUACUUAAACUUCCGAAUCUCAUAUUUAAGCCAAAUCAUGAUCAGAGGUAUCCUGACUACUAUGUUCAAGAUACUGAGAUAUUGUAAUUAUUUACUUAAUUUUAAUUGGAACAUUCAAAAUAAAAAUAAAAAACAAAAGAGAUCAAGAUACAGAAUAUAUAAAUGGAAGACUAGUGUCGAUCAAAUCAAUUUUAGAAUAAUAAAUGUAAGUUGCAAAACUGUCCUCUACAUAAUUUGUCUCCUGAUACAAAGCAAAGAGUUCUUCAACUUAGCAAAAAUAUUAAGUAAGAGUAAAAAGGAAUUAUCAAUACUCCUUCUACUAUAGAUUCGAUGAAGUAGUCCAAAAAAGAAGAAAAAGUCUAUCCCCAACAGUUUCGUGUAUUGGGUUUGAUAGGCAAAGGAAGUUUCGGAAAGGUGUAUCUGGUUCAAAAGAACAAAAAGUAUUAUGCAAUGAAGGUACUUCUUAAGAAUAUGAUCUUCGAACAAAACAUUUGUAGAUAUGCAAUAACCGAGAGAAAUGUCUUAUCUGUGACAUCCCACCCCUUCAUAGUCAAAUUAAGAUAUGCAUUUUAGACGGGAGACAAAUUAUUUAUGAUUCUGGACUAUUAUCCUGGUGGUGAUCUGGGGAUGGUUCUUAAUAAAAUUAAGAGAUUUCCUGAGGAACUUGUAAAACUGUAUGCUUGUGAAAUAAUUUUGGCUUUGGAGGAUCUUCAUAAAAGAAAUAUAAUAUUUCGUGACUUGAAACCUGACAAUAUCUUACUGGAUGCAGAAGGACAUGUGUUGUUAACUGAUUUUGGAUUGUCUAAGGAGGGAAUUCCUUUAUCAAAUCAAGGAGCAAAAUCCUUUUGUGGUUCUGUUGCCUAUUUGGCUCCGGAAAUGAUUAAGAGAUAGGGUCAUGGAAAAGCUGUGGAUUGGUAUUUACUAGGAGUGGUGAUGUAUGAAUUGCUGUCAGGGUUGCCACCUUAUUAUACGAAUGAUAGAGAGGCGUUAUUCUAUAAUAUAGAAAAUGCCAGUCUAAAAAUACCUUAAUUCAUUUCAAUUGAAUGCAGAAACUUACUAAGAUCAUUAUUGGAGAGAAAUCCAAGUCGACGUUUGGGAUCAGGAUAGGGAGACUCAAUGGAAAUCAGGGGUCAUCCUUACUUUGUGGAUAUAGAUUGGGAACGAGUUUUAAAGAGACAACUUUAAAUGCCAAAACCAGAUUACAGUCUGAAGUUAAGACCAAUAGGAGAAUAGAAUAUUUUUGAUUUACAAAGCUCAGUGGAAUUCGAGUAAUCUAAUGUGAAUGGAUGGUCGUAUGUUCAAACAGAAUGA